ACCGCAGCCAGCUCCGCCUGCAGACAUGGCCGGCACCCAGGUUUUAGUCUCGGCGGUGGCGGUGGUGCUGGCCGCGAUGGGUGGGUUAGCGACCAAUCACGGCCUCGGAGGAGACGGCGGCCACGCCCACUCCAGCUGGCACUUCAGCGGUCCAGUGGCGGGUCCUCACAAGCAGGUGCACGUGGCGGCCGGUCUCGGAGGACACGGAGGACAUUCAGGACACGGAGGACAUUCAGGACAUGGAGGACACGGAGACGGAGGAUACAUCGACUACGUGGCGGAGCCGAAGUACUCGUUCGGCUACGAGGUGGCGGACCACAAGACGGGCGACCUCCACGGCCAGCAGGAGCAGCGCGACGGAGACUCGGUGAAGGGCUCCUACCACGUGAAGGAGCCCGGCGGCAACGUGCGCACGGUGCAGUACCUGGCCGACAAGCACGGCUUCCACGCGCGCGUGCACAACAGCGGCGGCAACGACCACUCGGGCGGGCACGCGGGUGCGGGUGGCCACUCGGGCGGGCACACGGGUGGCCACGGUCACCAUGGAUACUAAUGAAACUUCCAACCCGACACUUUCCAUUACGGUCACCUUUCCUCAUUACUUGAAUGUUGUGCGUGUGCCUUUUUAUUUAUUGUGAAUGAUAUAUUUUGAAUACUGGAAUACGUUUGCUUUAAGUACGCAAUAAAUUAUUUUAUUUGAAAUACAUGAGUUAAUUUUUUUAAAUAAAUAAAAUUUAAGCAGUUGAAUUAAUGUAUGAAAUUGUAAGAAAGUUAAUAACAUAAAUUUUAUAACAAAAAUAAUGCAUUUGUUUGGAAAUUCAAACAUGAUUUUGUGUGACUAAGCCUUCAUAGUAUUAAAACAAGCGAUAUAUUUUCAA